CCUGCGCCUGCGCCGGCCACACGCUCGCGAGCCUUCAAGGAUGGCGCGCGCACAUUUGCUGCUCCUUGCGGUCUUUCUAAACGGCUGCAGCAGCCAGCGGCAGCCGAUCAAGGAGGCUCUGUUCCUGAACACGGACAUGUUCAACACGACCCUGGAGGACUGCGUGUGGCGGCGAGAGCUGGAGCCCUGCCCCGACGCCAACGUCACCAUCAACUUGUACACUGAGGCUGAGCCGUUCAAGCACACUGUAAACGUGUUCAGCGAGGACUGGCUCCGCCAGAGCAGCUUCGACCCGUCGCACGAGACCAUCCUGCUCGUACACGGGUACGCCGGCGGAGACGACACCCUGCCCAUCAUUGUGCUAAGAGAUGCCUACCUUCGUCGCGGGGGCUACAACGUGUUCAUGGUGGACUGGGGCAAGCUGUGCCAGCCGCCGUGCUACGUCGCCGCCGUCCACAACCUCAGGCCAGUCGCGCGCUGCGUGUCCGAGGCCCUGGCCUCCCUCCGCCGCGCGGGCCUCAGGCCCGAUAAACUGACGUGCGUGGGCCACUCCCUCGGCGCGCACAUGUGCGGGAUUAUGGCUAAUUUCCUCAACUUCAGGCUGAACAGGAUUAUUGGUCUAGACCCAGCCAGGCCGCUUAUCCGUUCAGCACCAGCACUGCGCCUGGACCCGGGCGAUGCUCGCGCCGUCCACGUCCUCCACACCAACGCCGGGAGAUACGGCGAGGCGGCGCGCCUGGGACACGCGGACUUUUGCCUGAAUGGCGGACGCAGCCAGCCCUUCUGCGAGGACACGCCUAAUGAGGCACUGUGCAGCCACGUGUGGGCGAUCUGCUACCAGGCGGAGAGCCUGUUCCGUGAGCGCGCGGCGGUGCCGUGCGGGCGGCGGUGCUCGGUGCGCGUGCCGCCGGCGCGGGCGUCCGCGCUGCCCGUGCCGCUGGGACAACCCGCGCCCAUGACGGCAUCCGGAGCAUACUGCGUCGAGAACUUCUCCCCACCGUUCUGUCCAAAGACGAGUGGUCUAAAAGAAGGCGACGACCGCUGCUGCUUAGACGAGCAAUACGCUGCAGCGGCCACGACGACCACAAACCGUCCUCGACGACCGGGACACAGGCUGAGGAACAACCGACUGAAGAUCAACUACGACCAGAAUUCCACGUUCGACUUCGAUAUCUAUAACAGGCUCUUUGACUAGAGAUGGCAAGGAAUUUUUGGUGGUGGUGGAAGGUGAUAUUUUAAAACCGGUGUAUAAUAUCGCAAAAUUGUUUUGGUGCCAUGUACUUACAAUGGCGGAAUGACGGUCUGAUAUUAUGGCAAAAAAGUUUUUGUUUUCGCUAUAAUAUUGCAGACCGGGUUCAAAAAUAUUCCAUAGGUAAUGUUUGGCCUAUAGAGAUUACAGAGAUGGAUGCAGUGUAGGUACUGAAUACUGAUCAAACAUCCGAUUUUUGUCGCAUUUAAUUUAAUAAGUUAGGUUAGUUUUUACGUUAAUACUUAUCAUUCGGUUCCUGAAUUCAGGACCCGAAUGAAGUAAAGAAUGAUGUUUGUUUAAAAGUGGAAGUGAUCUGAAUAAAGAAUGUAUGAAAAACAUUUCAACAGUACAAUAAACAAUUUUAUUGUGUUGAACCAAAGAAUAAAUGAAUUCAUAGUUUUA